UCCGAACCGAACCGCCGAUGUCAAACCGGUCUUCGCCGUUCCAACGCCCGAGCUAUAAAGAGUAAACGGCAACUCGCAGGGAGAAAGAUUGCGAAGAGGAAGGUUAGGAAGAUGAUGGCGGAAGAGGGAAAACCCGACACCCAGCUGUUCCAGCUUCUCUCUACCCUCCUCGAACAGGUGGAAUCCUUAAGCAACCAAGAAGAAGUUGAACUCCGAGCCAAAAUUGAAGCGCUUGGUAUUGAAGUCACCAAGGUCCCUCCUAAACCAUCUACUAACCUUGAUGAGCUCCAAAUAGCUGCGGAGUUGGACAAGCUCUCCGCAAAACUUGAUGAAGUCGACCAGAUGAUAUCUUCAGCUAUGGCUGCAGAUCCUCAGGUCCAGUCUCUCCUUAGCAGCACCGCUGAUGUUUGGAUGCCAGUUAUCACUGCAAAUGCUGAUGAAAGGCGAGCUUUCACAGUUAGUGAGAAUGAGAACAGCCACGAGGGCUUUCACAGUCAGUGACGCAAGAAUAGCCAUGAGGAGCAACCAGUUCUUUCCAGUCAAUUUAUAUUUUUAUGGUUUAUGAAAUAGGAAUAAACUUGUUUAUUAAUUCUCAAUGAUGUAAUAUUAAACUUGAGUAUACAAUUAGUAUAAAGGUUGUAUAAGAAUGGACUAGUGACUAAGCUGAACACAUUGUAAUGGCAGUGUUGGAACAUAUUUAAGGUGUUCUUUUCAUCCA